AGCAAGUUGACUGAUAUUUAUAUAGUUAAAUAGAUAUAUUUUAUCUGCAUCACAGCGAACAUGUUAUUUAGAGGGAUAAUAUUCUUCACGGUAGUCAAUUUGGUUGCCGGUUACACAGCAUGCGACAUCAAGGAUCUAGGAACAACCGCCACAGCUCAUUUUUACGGACGUGUAAAUACAACUAUGGAGAAUCCAAUUGAGACCAUUGAAGGCACCUCCAAGUACACAUGUGUGCAAACAUGUCGAAAGAAUCCAUCCUGUUUGGCAUUCUCCUAUGAAGUUAGUUCAUCAUCGUGCAAACUUUAUGAAUAUGACAGCGAAUCAGCUGACACAUCGUUAACACCUGCACCAGGUGUAUGGUUUUACGAUAUGCAGAAUAUUGCAGAAAACGCUAUGCAGAGUUAUGUUGGUCGGUGUACCCAGGGCUAUCAGUGUCACAAUGGUGGAUCUUGUCAAAAUGACUGUUCACAAAGUGGAUAUUUUUGCGCCUGCACCGAACUCUACCAUGGUCAAUAUUGCCAGGAUGAAUUCAUACAUGAACCAGUACUUGUGCAGACCAUUAUCGGAGAUGCAUCACAAUGCAGUAUUGGCUUCGAUUACAUGAAUGUUCAUUACUUGGUGAUAGGAGCAUACCGUGAUGGUGCGUUGACAAAAGUUUAUAAAUACAAUAGGGAUACUGGCUUAUACGAGUACUUCGUAUCCCUAUCGAGUACGAUGAACGUGAAGGGUAUGAAUGCGUUCAACAUCAAUGGCCGGAUGUUUCUAUUUGUUGCAAAUCAUUAUGAGAGCACGCAUACCACAACAUCUCAAUUGUUUGUGAUCAAUGAUGACACAGGCGAGUUUGCAAUUCACCAAACAUUCACCACAUAUGGCCCUACUAGUGUAUCGUAUUUGAAAGCGAAUGACGGGAACAAGUAUUUACUUGUAGCGAAUCAUUACUUAACAUCGUAUAGUGUUAAUUCUGUGGUUUAUCAUUGGAGCGACGACACUGAAGAAUUUUCUCAGAUUGCUUUGCUACCAACUACUGGCGCUUACUUUUCUACAUUGUUUGAAAUUAAUGGGCAGAUCUUCGCAGCAAUGGCAAAUUACCAUUACACCUCAUAUGACGUACUAUCCGUAAUUUACAAAAUGGAAUCACCAGGUUCGUGGUCUGUGAUCCAGUCGCUACCAGAGUCCAGUGGAGGUGGAUUAUCACUCAAGUCAUUUGAAACAGACAUGGGUAUCUUUCUCGUUCUCAUUAAACACUAUCUUUGCGCUCAAUCUGCAGUUGUUUAUCGGUGGAAUCCAGUAAGCGAACAAUUCGAAAUUCAUCAGAAAAUACCAAUGAUAAAUUGUCCAACCGAUUCAAUAAUAUUCAAGAUAGGAAGAGAGGUAUUUAUGAUCACAUCAAGCCUUCGGACAGCAUGGACAGACGGGUCGUAUAGCGUUCAAAACAUUAUCUACAAAUUAGAGGGCACCAUGUUCGUGGAGCACUCAUCUUUACCAGCAAGAGAAGUUUGGAGCUGGAGCAGUUUUGAGAGAGACGGGGAACACUACUUAGCACAAGCCAACAAUAGACACGAAACUAAUGAUGAUCACUACGAUACAAGCUUCAAGAUUUACAAAUGGACCUAAUUUAUUAAUGUAGGCCAACUUAAUACUCAUUUCGCUGGACUCACCGUAUUUUGGUAUAGUUUAUUUGUUUAUCUAAUCAGUCAGUCAAUCAAACACCUAGUCAACCAACCGAGCGAACCGACGAAACUAAACCAGCCAACAAACAAAGAAACAAACAACAAGCCAAUCUCUGAAUCUUUAUUUUUUAUGAUGUUUCAUAGCAGGUAUAUUGUAAACGAGUUCAUUUUUAAUGGAUCAGUUGUGCCAUAGAUCAUGUGUUGUUAGUUAAGAAAUUAUAAAUUGAUGGCAUUAGAGGUAUUGCUUUAGACUGGAUCACCAGUUACUUAUGUAACAGGAAACAAUAUGUUAGUUUUUAUGAAGUUAGAUCAGAAUAAUUUGUAUAUAAAUUUGUAACUGGUGUUCCGCAAGGUUCAAUUUUAGGACCAAAAUUAUUUAUUUUAUAUAUCAAUGAUAUAUGCAGAGUAUCAAAUAUAUUGAAGUUUAUAUUAUUUGCUGAUGAUACGAAUGUAUUGUGUUCAAAUGAAAAUAUGAAA